AGCACUACCUCUCCCGCCUCUCUCGCUCCCUCCAUCCUUUCUCCCCUCCACCUCCUUCCUCUCCCUCCCUACCUCUUCCUCCUCCCGGGCUCUCCCUCCCUCCUUCCCCGGCGCUCCCUCCCUCCAUCCUCCAACCCUCCUCCCUUCCUCCCUCCCUCCCCAGUGCGCAGUUCCGUCUGUCACCUGCCGGGACGCGGCUCAGAGGUUCGGGCGGAGGGACAGGUGUCUGCGGCGGGACGGCGGCCGGGGAGUGUCCAUGGAGGAGGAAGCAGACCGCAUGUUUGAGGAGCGUGCGCUGCCCCACCUGGUGCAGAGCCUGGGCGCGCUGCAGUGCAUUGUGCAGGCCGCACUGAGCGGCGGGCGGAGCAUCGAGGAGCUGGAUGUGGCCAGAGUGCAGCAGCAGGUGGAGGUGGCCAGCAAGGAGGUGGAGCUGUCGGUGGGUCAGGCACAGGAGGUGUGCGAGCAGCUGGACGCGGCGUGUGAGAAGGCCACCGCGCAGCACGGGCAGCUGAGCCAACAGUGCAGGGAGCAGGCUGCAGCGCUGCAGGACCUGCAGACCAAGGUGCAGCAGCUGGAGAGCGAGAGGGAGGCGGCUAACAACCGGCUGCAGGUGGCUACCGUCUCUUUCCGACAGGCCGAGGACACACUGCGGUCUGCACGGGCCAAGGUCGGUGAGAAGCAGACGGGCCGAGAUGUCGGGAUCGGCCUCAGUUUCCUGCUGCCCUGUGUGGGGAUCCCCAUGGCCGUGGCCUUCGAGAAGGAGCGGCAGCUCAGCAAGUGCCAGGAGGCGGUGGCAUCAGACGACCGGUCCCAGCUGCGCGCUGACAUCAGCAAGGAGGAGAAGCUACUGGCCCACGUCGGCGCCCAGCUCCCCGAGCUGCAGACCCAGGCCCGGGGGCUGGAGCAGCAGCUGCAGGACGGCCGGACUGCCGAGGAGCAGCUGCAAGGGCAGCGCAGGGAGCUGGCCCAGCGACAGGAGCGCCUCCGCACCUCCUGCCACGCCCUCACCUCCCUGCAGGGGAAGCUGGCCGCCCUGAAGGCCCAGAGCCGUCACCUCUACAGCAUGGGCCCCCUGCUCCCCUUCCUGGAGGAGGCCAUUCUCCAGAGCCUGCUGCUACCCCCGCAGCCCCCCUUCACUCAGCCGGGGGUGCAGCGGGUGCUGGGUGACCUGAAGGUGUUGCUGCCCAGGGUCAAGGAGCUGCACCUGUCCCAGGACACCUCCGACUACCUGAAGUAACCCAUCCCCAGGCCGGUCAGCGGGGGCUCCCGGCUGCCAGCACCCGAGGACCCCCAGGGGUGGGGCAGCAGCCAAGGGUCUGGGA